GCCAUCAUGGGAAAGAUCAUUUUCUACGAGGACAGGAACUUCCAAGGACGCUACUAUGAAUGUAGCAGUGACUGCACCGAUUUGUACUCUUACUUCAACCGGUGCAACUCCAUUCGAGUGGAGAGUGGGUACUGGGUGGUCUAUGAAAAAUCCAACUAUAUGGGCUACCAGUACAUCCUCAACCGUGGCGAGUAUCCUGACUACCAGCGCUGGAUGGGCUACAACGACUGCAUUAGGUCCUGCCGCAUGAUUCCACCAUUCAGGGGAUCACACAGGAUGAGAAUCUAUGAGAGGCCUGACUUUGGAGGGCAGAUGAUGGAGUUCACAGAUGACUGCCCCGAUGUCUAUGAACGUUUCCACUACAAUGACAUCUUCUCCUGUAAUGUGAUGGAGGGCUACUGGAUCUUCUAUGAACAACCCAACUAUAGGGGCCGACAGUACUUCCUGAGACCUGGCGAAUACAGACGAUUCAGUGACUGGGGUGGCUUUAGUUCUAACAUUGGCUCUUUCCGACGCAUAAGAGAUGGAUAUAUGUAAACAAGAGAAACUA